AGCUGAUAUAAACGGGUUGCCCUUCACUCAGGGGCUAUCGGGGGUUACGACAACAGCGCUACCUCUGCCACCGAGCCGCGCUUCAAAGAGACAGCGGUGCGCGCAGCGGCGGCGGCGCAUGUAGAGCGGCGGGCGGUCAUGGCCACGCUGGAGAGCUGCCGCUGCCGGGGCGCCAGCGGCCAGACCAACAGCAGCAUCCUCUACAGCAUUCUGAAGAACGAGAGCGCGGAUGAGCAGCAGCCGCGCUCCCACCAGCACGCGCUGCAGCACCUGCUGCAGAAGACCCCCUCCUCCUGCGCGCCGACCCCGCUGCUCGACCCGCAACAGCAAGCGUGCUCCUGCGGCUCCACGCGGCGCCGCGGCGUCCUGCGCUCCCCGCAGGUGACCUGUAAAGCCGCGUCUGCCGUGCUGGUGAAGACGCUGCGCUUCGUCAAAAACGUGCCGUGUUUCCGCGAGCUGCCGGAGGACGACCAGCUGCUGCUCAUCCGGAGCGGCUGGGCGUCUCUGCUCGUGCUGGGACUCGCGCAGGACCGCGUGGACUUUGACACGACGGAGACAGUGGAGCCCAGCAUGCUGCAGCGCAUCCUCACCGGUCUGCCGCACCGGCAGAGCGAGCCUCAGCCCGGCCACAGCAGGACGGCGGCCGGGGUCUCUGUGGUGGACAUCGAAGCUAUCAAAGCGUUCCUGAAGAAAUGUUGGAGCGUGGACAUCAGUACAAAGGAGUACGCGUACCUGAAGGGAGCAGUGCUUUUCAACCCAGAUCUCCAGGGUUUGAGGUGUCAGCACUACAUCCAGUCGCUGCGUCGAGAGGCGCACGAGGCUUUGAACGAGCACGUCAGGCUGGUCCAGCGGGAGGACACGACGCGCUUCGCCAAGCUGCUGAUCGCUCUGUCCAUGCUGAGGACCAUCAGCCCGCCGGUGGUCGCCCAGCUAUUCUUUAGACCCGUGAUAGGGACGGUGAACAUCGAGGAGGUACUCAUGGAGAUGUUCUACGGAAAGUAGACUUUCUGGACUUCAACUUGCAUGUCCAGCAAAAGUCCAAAGGACAAGAUGAACAGGAAUGAGUUUAAGAAGGUGGACUUUUUUUGGGUUUGUUUUUAUAUAGACAAGUGUGCGUGCGAGAAUGAAAAGAUGUGUGAUGGAGACCAGAGGUGGUAUAACAGAGGAAACAAAGAGCAGCUGAUGGAACUAAUAAAUUAUUUGUUUUUAUAUAAACUAUUUUUCUAAA